CUGUGGCGUGUAAUAUAUUAGUGCUAUGUGAUAGAUUCGAAUUAAUGUCAAAGUUUCUAAGAUUGCAGUGAAGUGGUUAUUUAGUUCGCAAGUGGUACACAGAAUGAGGUAGAGCUAUGGAAAACGACGUGAAGCAGCGGAAUCAAAGGAAUCGUCGUCGUGAACGGGCGCAGCGCAUGCAGGCUCAGAGAGAAAAUAAAGCUAAAGAUGGGGAUAUUGCGGAAGACGAAUCUCUGGCUAGAGAAAAGCCGCAGAGACCUCCCAAUCGAAGGAAAAAAUCGAAAGAGCCGCAGUUCGAAGAGGAUAUCAUUGAUGGAUUUGCCAUCCUAGCAUUCCAUACAUAUGAGGAACUCGAGAAUGCCAUGAAGCACGCCGGCAAGAACAACAUGAAGAUGUUCAGCGCCGUGACGCUGGGCGACGAGAAGCCGCCCAAGCUACUCGACACCGGCCAGCGCACCGUCACCACCCCCAUCAACAACAACAACACGACCACCACCAACCACAACAACAACAACACCACCAACCACAACCACCAGCCGCCGCCUCCGCACCCUCCUACCCCGACGACCCCAGCGCAGACGGGGGUGACGCUGAACCACGACGCCGGCACGAGCGACGACAGCGGCCGGGCGUCGGAGCGCCUCAACGGGGCGUGCGCACCCCUCGAGAGGGACAGCUCGCACGACCGCCUCAGCGACGCAAGCAGCCGUUGCAGCUCAGGAAAAGGCUAUAUCUGUGAUAAUGAAGGAGAAUAUGACAAGGGGUCCGAUGCAGGCUCUGAUCUCUUCACCACCACUCGGAAACAUGAGAUACCGGGCAACCCACGACCUCCCACAGCGGCCCUCAACAAUGGCACCGGCUCACCGGGGGCAGGUGCCCACCGCAGCCCGAGCCCGUCGCCGUCACCCACUCCCACUCCUACCCCCACUCCGAUCGUCGCUGCCGCCUCCAACACCGCCGUCUCUGCUGCCUCGGCUUCGCUCAUGUCUGCACUGUCCCACCCGCUCCACAUACAACCGCACCACCAGCCGCCACCGGUGCCCAUGCAAGUGUCGCCGCCACAUCCACAGCAGCAGCAGCUGCAACAACAGCAGCAGCCAGCAACACCAACAUCUCUUCUCCAGCAACAGCAGCAGCAGCAGCAACAACAACAACAGCAGCAGCAGCAACAGCAACAGCAGCAACAACACCAACAACAGCAGCAACAGGCCCAGCAGCAUUCACAGCAAGCACUGCCACUGCCAAUGCAGCAGCAGCAACCCCACCAACAGCCCCCGCCCCCACGAUUAUCUAGCCCUCUUCUCCCACCUCCUGCGCCAGUGCACCCGCAUCACCACCAGCAACAGCAGCCACCACCACCACAACAGCAGCAGCAACAGCAGCUACCACAGCACCAGCCACAGCAGGCUGUGCACACGCCUGUGGUCGCGACCUCAGCUGCGGCCGCGUCGUCUCCCUCUGCGGUGCCCUCGAGCCUGCCCGGCACGGUGGCCGCGGCUGCAGCUGUGGCUGCGGCACCGGUGUCUGCUCACGUGGCAGUCCCCGUCGCGGCUACCACGGCUGGCGCCCGCCACGGCCCCCUCGGUGCUCCCGUACCGACGGCGACGGCUGCGGCGGUGCGCAGCCCGUCUCCUGCCGGUGUUACGGUCAUCCCGCGUGGACCGCACGCGCACUCUGCACCCGCUCCGGGACUGUCCUCCGCUCCCGCGACGGCGGCGGUGUCCCUGACUUCGGCUGUCGCUCCUGCGCCACUGCCGGUACUCGCCAACGGCAGAGGUCCCGGUUCGGCUCUGUCACCUCCGCAGCCACAGGCGGCACUUCCCGUUGUCACGACGGCGGUGGGUGCCCUGCUGGGUGUCGCGGGACCGCCGCUGUUGGGUUCGCCGGGGCCCACUACUGCUGCCGCUGCCACUGUUGCUGCACCGGUCGCUCCGGGUCCGAGACCGGGUCCCGGACCGGCCCCCGUGCCUGCCCACGGCCACCCUGCGGUGCCUGUGAGUGCUGCUGCUGCCGCCGCAGCUGCGUAUCAUCCUCCGCCGCCCUCUGCGUUGGCCGGCUAUCCCGACUAUCCUUUGUAUGCGCCCUAUGCCUCGUCGCUGCAGCACAGUCCCUACUUGGCGCCACCCUCGCCACGUGCCAUAGUCUCUGUUGCAGCUGUCGCUGCAGAUGCGAGAGCAGCAAGAUCACCUUGCUCAGCUACUUCCAAGGUGCCGCAUCAUAGCAUAGCUGCCUCAAUACCCGUAACUGCUGCAUCAGCUCCAAUUGCCACCACAACAACAGCACCAGCAGUGGCAACAGCUACAGCAGUGGUAACAACAACUACCAUAACUGACCGUGAUAUUCUGACGACUCCUGUUGUAGGUCUCAGUCAUUCGCCACGAGGCCACAGCCCAAACCGAGAGAGGGACAGCUACAGCAGCAACAUGAGCAGCCUGAGCCGCGGCAGCAUCACACUGGUGAGUGCUGGUGCAGCACUCCCUAGUAUAGCUAUCACCUCGUGUAGCUCGUCGCCCUUCAGCUCAGCUGCACAAGUGUCUUCUAGUCUUGCCUACUCCAAGGCUCCAGCCUGGGUCAGUUUGAGCGGGCCUCAGCUGUCCCCGGCAGGCACGGUGCCGAGACCAACUCCGCCCCCUGUGCCACUGGCAACGGCUCAUCCGUUACAUCCUCCCACACACGGUUUUCCACCUCCUAUGUUUGCACCACCUCUCCCUCCUGCUGCUGCAUCCGCAGCUACUUUAGGUCUCGCAGCUGUUACAACAAACCCAAAUCCAUUUUCUGCAGAGUCUCUCUUUCAGUCAAAUCAAGCAGAUCUUAAGCGCCGAGAGUUAGACAACAGGUUUCUUGCAUCACAAGAUCGAUCCCUCAACGUAGGUCCGCCACCGUAUUUACGAACUGAGAUGCAUCAUCACCAACACCAGCACACACAUGUUCAUCAGCAUACAACAGCACCUCUGUUGCCACCUCCUCCCCCGGGUACCACGCUCUUCCCACCUCCAUUGUUUAAGGAUAUUCCAAAGCUCGGGAGUGUUGACUCGCCAUUCUACCGUCAGAACCUUGGUCUGACAAGUUACCCUGGUUUCUCACCGGGACUGUUACAUCCCAGCCUUGGAGGUUCAACACCAUUUGCACCUCCCAGUCACCUUCCCACAUUCACACCAAAGCAGAUGGGUGAUCCCUCGAAACCCAAGCGGGUGAAAACUGGACGUUGGAAUGCAAUGCAUGUUCGCAUUGCCUGGGAAAUAUACCACCACCAGCAGAAGCAGCAAGCCGAGGCAAAGGCUGGAGCAGGGAAGGCAGACUUGCUGCGACCACCGAACCAUUUGUUUCCACCUACGAGGCCUCACGACCUGCCUCCAUUUGCAACAACACUUGCUGCCACUCACAGAACACCGCCUUUCGAUGCGGGUCCUCACCCGGCCACUUUUCCUAAUCCACCUGCUUCAGAUCUAGCGAGUGGUGUAUCUCCAUUUGGUCGCUAUCCAGCUACGUUUGAUGGUCCUAACUCAGCAUUUCCUGGACUUGGGGCAUCAGUAUUUCCUCCUCCUCCAAGAGAUCUUCCACCCCUUGGAGCUCUCGGAACAGUCCACGAUCACUGCAGCAGGUUACAGCGAACAACAGCUGUUUUUCCAGUAACUGCAGCUGCAGCAGCCAUGGGUCUGACAUGGGGUCUGAAACCAGAACCAAGCAUGCUGGAGAGGAGAGCAGAAUUGGAAGAAAGAGGACGUGAAAGGGAACGCUGCCGUAGAGAGAGGGAACGUGAAGAACAGCGAGAACGAGAGAAACAGCGGAAGUUGGAAGCUGAACGGGAAAGGGAACUUGAGCGACGCGAGAAGGAACGACGUGAACUGGAACGUGAAAGAGAGCGUUUGUUACAACAGCAGCAGCAACAGCAGCAGCAGCAGCAGCAACAGCAGCAACAGCAGCAACAACAGCAUCAACAUCAACAGCAGCAACAACAUGCCAAACAGGCAGUAGUGCGCGACAGAUCUCCCAUACGUAACGGCACAUCUGCCGCUGGUGCUGCACCUGAAGAGGCCGUACGGGUGAAGGAGGAGCCGCGACCCAAAGAGGACGAUGUAGUACAUUUGGGAAGGACAGGUUACCACUAUCUGAGAGCGAGGCACGCUCCGCCUGGGUCGUUGCGCCCCCCGCCACCCAUAGCACCACCACAUUUUGCUCCUGGGCCUGUACCUCCAGGCUGGCCACCAGCUGAUCCCUUCAGAGAAAGUGCAUACCGUUUUGACCCUGUUCAGUUAACUUUCAAUCCUCUCGUGGCCGCCGCUUUCCGUGCCGAAGAAGAGGAACAGCAACGUGCGAAACUGUUCCAGUCUUUCCCACAGCCACACCAGCGUGCAAAGGCACCCAGCCCCAACAAUCAUCACUUGAACCAUCGGACAUCACUGCCGACCAUGGCCCACAAAGUGGCUUGCCCGAGCUCCCCUGCUGCACCGCCACCCCAUGUCGUAGACCUGCAAAAAAAAGAAGAAUCAUCUCAGUCACGAUGAUAAUGUGUUUAGGAAGCAAUUGUAUCAGGAGUGAGGCAU